AUGUCAAAGGAGGUGAAAUCACAGGCGGCCGCUAGCGAUGGGAUCCAGAAUACUUCCGGGGCUUUGGUCGCCGCCGCAAGCGGGCUAUACGUGGCUGGGAUCCCUCUCACCUCCUGGCUGGCGCAGCCUGGCGGAAUGCUCGAAAAACUCACCAAUGCAAUUGUGCGUACGAUCACUGGGAACACUACAUCCGACCGCGCCGUACCAGCACUCGCAGCUCUCUACUUGUUCUGGACUUUCGGCGCAAGCGGUGCCUGCUCAGCCGCAGGCCAGGCUAUGGCUCGACAGGAAGGUCUCGACAGCAGCACUCCUCGACAGUAUCUUGGUCAGAUGAGAGGUUUGCCACUGCGAUUGUUUUCAGCCCACAGCAAUUUGAUGGAAACAUUCCCGAGCUUUGCAGUCGCUGCUGCUUUGACGCAGGCAUUGGCGCCAAACAACCAGUUACUAGUAAAUCUUUUGGGAUUUCAUGUGAUAGCCAAGGUGUUCGUGUUCUAUCCCAUGUAUCUCUUGGACGUCCCGCCACCACGGACCUUCUCACACAUUUUCGGGAUCUCAUCUGUCCUCAAUGUCUGCUGGCAGCUGGCUAGAGGUGCAACGUGA